UUUUUGUUGUGUAGCUUGGAAAAAGAGAGAGCCAAACAAGCCCUUAUCAGAGGUCUAUCGUAUGGAGAAGCAAAAACAGACCUAGAUUGCUGACGCUGCCUCCUCUUUCUCUAAUAUCUUUUGGGUGCGUAUAUUUUUUUUGGAAAGAGAGAGAAAGUGAAAGAAAAAUAUCAAAGUAUUGUGGUUUUCGAGGCCAAAUCCAUCGGGCACUCCAUUCGGUAUUUCUACGCAACUUUCUGUCAAUUUCUCUUCCUAUAUCUGUUCGUCUGUUGAAUUUUGCGAAUCCUAAUCUCUUAGAUUACUUCUUUGAGGAAAAAAAUGACUACAUUGGAUGCAACAAGAGCAGAACUUGCUUUGUUAGUUUUGUAUCUGAAUAAAGCCGAGGCAAGAGACAAGAUAUGCAGGGCUAUUCAAUAUGGUUCAAAAUUCUUGAGCGACGGAAAGCCUGGUACUGCCCAGAAUGUUGACAAAUCAACCAGCUUGGCCCGCAAAGUUUUCCGACUUCUUAAGUUUGUCAAUGAUCUGCAUGCUCUUAUUAGUCCAGUCCCUCAAGGAACUCCCCUGCCUCUUGUUUUGUUGGGAAAGUCGAAAAACGCAUUAUUGUCGACUUUCUUAUUUCUUGAUCAAAUUGUUUGGCUUGGUAGAUCGGGUAUCUACAAGAACAAAGAACGUGCUGAGCUACUUGGUAGGAUCUCUCUUUACUGUUGGAUGGGGUCUUCAGUCUGUACUACCUUGGUUGAGAUUGGAGAGCUUGGAAGGCUUUCUGCAUCAAUCAAGAAGCUAGAGAAGGAGCUUAAGAACAGCGAUAAACAUCAAAAUGACCAAUACCGUUCUAAACUUCAAAAAUCAAAUGAGAGGUCACUCGCCCUUGUUAAGGCAGCCAUGGAUAUUGUAGUUGCAGUUGGGCUACUUCAGUUAGCGCCAAAGAAAGUUACCCCACGUGUAACUGGAGCCUUUGGAUUUGUUACCUCUUUGAUCUCUUGCUAUCAGUUGCUUCCAUCACGACCAAAAGCCAAGAGCCUAUAAAGAUAGAAGUCUGUUCUUUUCAGGAAGUUCUGUCCUUUAAAUAAUUAUUUGAACUUGUGAGAUAAAAUCCUUGAUGGUGUAAAAAGCUUUGAAGCAAUUUGCCAUAUUGUAGGUGCCUUCAAGGCUUCUUGCUAUUUAACACCAAAUACUUAGCACCUGUACUGUCACAGUUCGUUAUGCUCAUGCGCAAUGAUAAUAAUGUAUUCGCAUUUCAUAUUGAAAAAUUGCGGUUACUGCUAUAUUUUUUUGGAAUGUGAUUGUUAUGAUGGGUUUGAAACUAA